UUUGAAUGAUAUGGCGAAGAUGGAGGAAGUGUGGCUUUGAGAAAGGCAAAACAAAAAACACUCGAGUGCUUCCUUGUUUCUAACCAUUUCAUCAGGGAAAAGAAGUAGUGGUGAACAAAGAGGGGCUAAAGAUGUAUGGAGAUUGCCAAGUGCUGUCAUCCAUGGUGAGUGGUAAUGUUGCGUCACCCGAUUCACUCUUCGCCUCUCCGAUCCAAAACCCUAACCUCGGCUUCAUGGCCAACAUGCCCCCUUUCAACGCUUUCUCCUCUAUCAUUCCGAAGGAGGAGGGGCUGAUGUUGAUUGGGAGGGGAGUGAGCAAAGAAGAGGAGAUGGAGAGUGGGUCUGGUAGCGGACCCUUGGACGGAGUGCUUAGCUGCGGCGAGGAACAUGAUAACGAGUUGCAACAACAACCACCAUCGCAGCAGCAGCAACAGCCGGUUGCCAAGAGGAAGCGCUACCACCGCCACACCACCCGACAGAUUCAAGAAAUGGAAGCGUUGUUUAAGGAAUGUCCGCACCCGGACGAGAAGCAGAGGAUGAAGCUAAGCCAAGAACUCAGCCUCAAACCUCGGCAGGUCAAGUUCUGGUUCCAGAACCGCCGGACCCAGAUGAAGGCGCAACAAGACCGGGCGGACAACGUGGUACUGCGAGCCGAGAACGAGAGCCUGAAGAACGAGAACUUCCGGCUGCAGGCUGCGAUUCAGAACGUCGUCUGCCCCAACUGCGGCGGCCCGGCGAUCCUCGGCGAGAUGUCUUUCGACGAGCAGCAACUGCGCAUCGAAAACGCCCGACUCAAGGACGAGCUCGAACGUCUAUCCUGCAUCGCAUCCCGCUAUAGUGGCCGGCAACAGCAGCCGUUAGGUCCCGCACCGCCUAUACUGCUCCCCUCGCUGGAUCUCGACAUGGGCAUCUACUCGAGGCACUUCAAGGAGCCGCCAGUGGUGAGUUGCAAUGACAUAAUCCCCGUUCCACAGAUCUCCGACCAAGCCUCUCCCUUCUCUGGCAUGCUCAUCCUGGACCAAGAUAAGCCGUUGGUUCUGGACCUAGCAAUCACGGCGGCGGAUCACUUAGUCAGGAUGUGCCGUACGAACGGGCCACUAUGGAUUAGAAGAGAUGGUCGCACCACGGAGGUCUUGGAUUUGGAAGAGCAUGCAAAAAACUUCUCCUGGCCGAUGGACUUGAAACAGCAGCAUGGAGAGGUUAGGACCGAGGCUUCCAGGGACAGCGCCAUGGUCAUUAUGAACAGCAUUACGUUGGUCGAUGCCUUCCUGGAUGCCGACAAAUGGAUGGGGCUGUUUCCUUCCGUCGUCUCGAAGGCUACAACAGUUCAGGUGUUGAGUCCAGGAGUCGCUGGUCAUGGCAAUGGCUGCUUGCAUCUGUUGCACGCAGAGCUGCAAUUUCUAUCUCCUCUGGUGCCUGCGCGUGAGGCUCAUUUCUUCCGGUACCUCCAACACAAUUCAGAAGAAGGUACUUGGAUCAUUGUUGAUUUCCCUGUCGAUGGCUGCGUCGAUGGCCUUCAAACGUCCCUCCCCUGGUAUAGAAGGAGGACCUCUGGUUGUGUCAUCCAAGAUAUGCCCAAUGGGUAUUCCAAGGUGAUGUGGGUAGAACAUGCAGAGGUGGAGGAUAAACCAGUGCAUCAGAUAUUUGAUCAAUUUGUCAGCACCGGCGUGGCGUUUGGAGCAACACGCUGGGUUUCAACCCUGCAAAGGCAAUGUGAGCGGCUUGCAAGCCUUCUGGCCAGAAAUAUUGCCGACCUUGGAGUGAUCCCCACCCCGGAGGCAAGAAAGAAUAUGAUGAAGCUGUCACAGAGAAUGAUGAGAACGUUCUGCGCCAGCGUACACGCCUCCGGAAUGCAAUCUUGGACAGCUCUUUCUGAAUCAUCCGAUGACACAAUCAGGGUGACAACCAGGAAAAAUACUGAACCUGGCCAGCCAAAUGGUGUUAUUCUCACUGCUGUCUCGACAACAUGGCUUCCCUUCUCUCAUCAACAGGUGUUCGAGCUUUUGACGGACGAGCAAAGGAGGUCUCAGUUGGAUGUUCUCUCAAGCGGUAACUCCUUACAUGAGGUGGCUCAUAUCGCCAAUGGUUCGCACCCAAGGAACUGCGUCUCGCUUCUGCGUGUUAAUGCGGCAAGCAACUCCUCCCACAGUGUGGAGCUCCUGCUUCAAGAAAGUAGCACUCACCCCUCCGGCGGCAGCAUCGUCGUGUACGCUACCAUCGACGUCGACGCCGUCCAGGUGGCGAUGAGCGGCGAGGACCCGUCCUAUAUUCCCCUCCUCCCAACUGGCUUCGUCAUCUCGCCCGCUGCCCCACCAAACGCCGUCAUCAACAGCAGCGAUGGUUCGUCCAGUACCAUCGGAUGCCUGCUCACAAUCGGCAUGCAGGUUCUGGCCAGCGCAGUCCCAUCUGCCAAGCUCAACCUAUCCAGCGUCACCGCCAUCAACAACCACCUCCGCAACACCGUGCAACAGAUCAGCGCCGUGCUCGGCGGUGGCGCCGCGGCCCAGCCGGCUGCUAUGGCGCCGGAACAAUAGCCCUAAUAAGUAAGUGGCUGGAGUCACCUGAACCCUAACUAUUUUACACGAUAUUACCAAAUUGCGCUUCGUUCCACUCUCAUCACACCAGAAUCAUCAUCAUUCUGGUGCGACAAGGGACUACUUGACAAAGCCCAACCAUUGACGCU